GCUUUCUACCAACCGCCGAAGAUAAAGAAACAGUAAUAUGGACGUGGAUAUGGCAUCAUCGUCAACGCCAACCAUGCGCUCGGCAGUUUCCGCCCCUCGCUCCGAAGCUGCCCCAAUAGCAGCACCCCGGACCAACAUGGCACCGGCAGCGCCUCGAACAACAACAGGCGCCACCGCGACAACGGCUCCGCGUCAAAGCACGCCAGCAUUACCAGCGGAUCUGCAACGAAUUCGUUGUCCACUAUGCCGCCGCCCGCAUCGGCUAUCGCACUGCGGUAUCUUCAAAGGCAUGCCGCCGAUGCAACGCCAGCAGGUGGCACAGGCGCAUGGGUAUUGCCUGAAUUGUCUGGCAACUUCCCAUGCAACUCAGGAGUGCCCAUCAAAUAAUCGUUGCCAAAUCUGUGUGCGGGCUCACCAUACGCUGUUGCACCGCACUACCAGUCGCGACUCCGGGCGACCACCGGCUCCUCGCACCAGCGGUAACGUCAGGCGUUCUCAAAGAACGCCUGUGACGGCUUAUCGCCGGCGUGGACACUCUCCAGCAGAAUCUCGUUCCUGGCGCCAAAACCGGACAACGUCAACACGGCGCCAUCAGCUUAGGCCGCAAUCCCGGCGGUCAACAGGCCUCAGCAGCGUUGUAGCUACGCUACAGCAGCUACAGCGGCUUCUAGGCUAAAUACUCGCCUAGGGGGGCCGGGAUGGCUAAAUGAGUAGC